AUGGCGAGCGCGCUGAACGCGCGGGCGGCGCGGACGGCGACGACGCUCGACGCGCUGUGCGCGAGCGCGGAGGCGAAGCUGGGCGCGGCGGCGCGCGCGCUGCGAGAGGCGGAGGCGAGGACGGCGCUGUUGGAGCGCGCGCUCGAGGCGGGGACGGCGACGACGACGACGACGACGGCGGAGGCGGCGACGCGCGAGGACGACGGUCGGGGCGCGGACGCGGCGGACGCGGCGGACGCGGCGACGGCGGAGGCGGCGACGGCGACGGCGGCGGCGGCGACGGCGGCGACGGCGACGGCGGAGGCGGCGACGGCGGAGGCGGCGACGGCGGCGACGCCGGAGACGAACGCGCGCGCGAGCGAUCCGAAGUACUCCAUUUACUUCAAGAUGCUGAAGAUGGGCGUGCCCGCGCAGGCGGUGCGCAAUAAGAUGAACCUCGACGGCGUGGACGCGAGCGUUUUGGACGGUCGGUAG